CCCAGUCCGUGUGUCGCUGUGAGUCCGUCCUGAUCUUCAUGCUUCAUUUGACUUCGCCCGUUGCCGUUGCUUUUGCGUGUGCUUGCUCUGUCUUCUAUCUUUAUCUCUGAAAUACGAUCUGUCAAUUGCCUCUCCCGCCUACAACGGCUACGGCUAUACCCUUCAGGACCCCUCCUGUUGGUGCCUUUUCAUGCUGCCUGCCCAAUUUCAGUAGAGAGACUUUGUACGGACUUCUCCAGAAAAAAAGAGGAAAAAGGAGUCUCGACACGCAGCUGGAUCCCUCGAAGUUUGAGCGUAUCGUGGGGGACCUGGAGCGAAUUGUUGGUACCGUAUGCUCAUAGAAAUCCCAUAGAUGCUUCCCAUAGACCAAUUGGUCUCAGACCGAGUCAGGUUUCACGGAAGUUUCUUGAGACCCAACAGCUAAUUCGUCUCCUCUGCCGCAGGAAGCCUGGAAUCAUCACCAAAUCUCCAUUUCUCCAGGAAAGGUCUGCAUCAACGUCUCACCCACCUGCCGCCUCCCCUUCUGCGAUCACGACUCCUCCAUUGUCUUUUGAGAACCCGAAUUAGAGGAGAACAAGAAUGGGAAGAUAAUCGGCAUCGAAAUCUGCUAGCGGUUGACUGUUUCGGUCUCCAAGGAUGCGCGAAUAGUAGUCCAAGUAUUGAAACAACCCUUGCGCGAAAGAUUUAUAUCUCAUGGCAUUAUAUGCAUUGGUAUUUUACAAGGCAAGUUCCCCUCAUGGUCAUGAGUUCUUGCUGCUUUGCACAAGUCCAAUUGGCAAUAGCAACUGACCAUGUCUUCACCAGUUCUCUUAGAUGCUCGGCCCGUAACUCAGUUGGUGAGCCGGUGUAAUCAAAGAUAAUCAAAGAUAAUCAAAAAUCUAUUUUUGAGCUUGUCAAGGUAAAUUACAGUUUGGCUCCAAUUCACUCCGCUUUGUACCGCCUGGGGAUCCUUGAAAUCCAUGAACCUUAGAAACUGACAUAUGCCUGAGCGUCCUAGGGAUUUUUCCAAACGAAGUACAUCAUACCAUAUUUCAUCCCAUUCAAACCCCCCACUCAGGAGUAACCAGGCGGACAGUAAACAGGCCCGAGUUACAUACGACCCAGGAUAUCGGUGCCAUCUCAAAUCGUUCUCGGCUUGCAAAAACGAGGCUCCAUUUUGCAACCCCAGUGCUGAUGCCACAGCCGUAGUGCGAAUUGAUAUAUGUGCACGAAUUCUGUUAAUUGAAGACUUUAGGUCUCUCCUGACGGAGAAUCGUUCAAUCUUCCAUUAUGACAGCUUGGGAGACAGAAGACGAGUAUGCUGCGGCGGCGACAGCUUCUCUUCCCCCUCCUGCAGAUAUCCCACAUAGGACCCCCUCGCGAGCUUCCCGAAGCUCCAAGAAAUCUUCACGUCAAAAGUCAAUCUCUCCUGCGCCCUCAUCAUCUCCUCUACUCUCAGCACGACGAGACACGAAAGAUAUAGCACAGGAUGAGAGGUAACGCAGCAAAGUCUCUGAGCUUGAGAAUCCUUGCGCUAACUCAAUUGUUAGCAUCUCAAUACUAGAUCCUCGACGCUUUACCCCAACUCUUCACGCGAAUUUAGUCUCGGAGAUUCUGGCUCUCCGCCGAGACCAAGAAGAAAAAUUGAAGACCAUCGAGAAUUUAGAGGAUAUUCUGCAUACUACCCAAGAGGAAAAUGAACAAUAUCAAGAGGCUGCCGCCAUUGCCUCGAAGGAAAUCCGGGGACUGAAGCGCCAAGUGGCCGUACUUGAAGAUGGAGGAUUAUACAACGCUUCCGAGCUGGCGAAAGAACGAGAUGAAGCUGUCGACUCCAACGCGGAGUUCAAGAAGCGACUGGACGUUGCGCAGAAGAAAAUUCGCAGCCAAGAAGACGACUCGGUUCGGGUGCACGAUUUAUGGGCCCAGGAUAAAGACAAUUGGGAGGAGGAGAAAAGGAAGCUUGAGCGCAAAGCACAUGUGGCCGAAGGCCGACUGAAAACUGUAUUGGAAGAGGUAGCUGCAUAUCAGGCUGCCCGUCAACAACAACAACAACAACAACAACAACCGGACAGCGACGUUGAAAAAGAUUCCGACCACAAUGAUGCAGCCAGUGUUCGUACUAUGAGUAUGACCAACAGCGUUCGAUAUUCUAUACUCAGUGGGCCUAACGGUUAUGGUGGAGUCCAAAUCAAUGGCAACGGUAUGAGUUUGGCGGAUGAGUUGAACUUUGACGAUGACGAUGAUGAUACUCAGACAGAGUAUGAUGGAGGACGAGAGAGCGUUCUACAAAUGCGGCACCAGCGAACGCAGAGCCGUGAGAGUACCUUCUCAAGGGCACAUCGACGAAAUCAGAGCCAUGAAAGUAUGAUGAGAUCAGGAAGCAUUAUGCGAAGAAGACUCUUGGCAAAACAAUUGGAGCAUGGCAUUCUGGAGAGCGACGAAACAGUAUCAGCACCCGUACCCAAAGUUGAAUAUACAGACACCGGCGUUCAGUUUUCACCUCCUCCAUCGCCACAACAACCAGUAGCCGAAGCUCCACCUAUCGCAGAGGACCUACCCGCAUUGGAGACAAAUGGGGCUCCAUCAAGGCCAAAUUCCGUCCAGAGGAUGUCAAGACAAUGGGAGAAUGAAACGCAGCCACGAGAAUGGGAGGUUGAAGCGAAUCAACGCAGAAAACGUGUAAACCCGUACCCCUCUUUAACAAUAGAUCCUCCUUCAGUCGGGUCAAUGGUUUCUGCAGCUUCACAGACAGUCGAGGAUCCCCUCAGUCCCCCUAGAACCCCUGUUUCACCUACCCGAGCAUUCCCAGCACCACCGAUGCAGACCCAGGUAGUGCAAGCACGGGAAACGGCGUCGACAUCAACGCAGACCAAUGUAGAAGACCGAGAGGCUCUUGGUGAUGUUCCUCCUACUUCACCUAGACAAGCACCACCUCCCCCACCAAUCUUGGUCCCAUCAAUCCAAUUACAUCCUCCAAACGACUCCUCGCCCCCAAGUCCACGUGAACCUGUCCUUCCCCAGUAUUUCAAAGAUGCAGCCUGCCAGGUCACAAUGCAGGCACCCAUCCCAUCGAGGUCGGUUUCGGUGCAAACGGAGGAGAUUAGAGUCGACCAGCGAAUCAAGCUCUUACCUCCACAUCUCCAACCUUUGUCCAUAUCUUCCACGCCUCCUUCUCCAGAACCUACCGAAGAAAACCAGCGAUUCUCGCCCGUUCCAGGAAACCUCCCUCCUCGAAAUCCACGCCGGGUGAUGACCCCUCGGGUGAGUCUAGAACAAGACAUACCAUCCUCGCCUCCCUCGUUUUCAGACAUUGAAACCCGAGACACCUAUCCUGGUAACAACGACGAUGGCCCCUUAGCCAAGGGCAAGGGCUCGGUACGACGCCCUCCCCGUAUCAGCAGCUUAUUUGCGGGGUUCGAAAACGUCAGUUCGGACGAUGCCGAUGAUUUCGAAGAUGGCGAUAUGAGUGACAGCGACUACCGAACCGCUCUCUCGGCUCCAAGACCAAGCAGAGGAAGCAAGCGCCACACAAUGUCACCGACUUCAGUUCCCGAGGACUCGGAGCUUACGGAGGUAACUACGAAAAUGAUGCCAGGUCCAGGAAGGAGCGCCUUGAAAUUGGCCGGCCUGUUCGGGCAUGAAAAUGAGACUCAGGGAGAGUAUGGAUCAGUAAAAUUCAUGGCAGCAACGCAAAGAAACCCGUCGAGGCCUGUUCGUCAGCUCGACAAACCAUUGACGCUUGUAUCUUCCACGAAGCCCAAUCCAAUGCGACGUGCUGCUCUCAUUUCCAGCGGGGUGGCAGCUCAUCGGGGUCGUUCAGAAAGCCCGCUGCCAGAUGCAGUCGGAGAACCGCCAUUCCCCAUACCUUUGAGGGCGAGUUCUAGAAGACCCCCUCCAUUUAGUGCCAACAGUACCCCUGGUGACAGAAGCCCUACCUGGGGACGUGGAUCUGGAGUACCUUAUAGAACCAAUAGCGUUCGUAAAGUCCGCUCCGCUGCAGCACUUCCUCGAGGGAACCGGGCAUAUCGACGCCAAGAUAGCCAUUCUCCUCCGCCCAUGUCACCAUCUACGGAAGGACCCGAGAGCCCUCGACUACCUCCCAUGCCGGAGAAUGAGCUUACAUCUCCUGCUUGUAUGAGAGACACGGGUAGUGGCCGAUACAGGCCACGGCACAGACAGCAACUUUCGGUAACCACUGCAUAUACUGCCAAUACUGCAUAUACUGCCAGUACUAGCAAUACCGGUCCUGCAUCUGUUGCCAACUCAAAUCAAGCCACAACGGUUGUUGACGCAAUUGCGCAGACAAUGGUGGGAGAAUGGAUGUUCAAAUAUGUUAGAAGGCGCAAGUCAUUUGGUGUUGCCGAUGCUGGCGGGAUGGACGGAGAUGGUGUCAAUGGCGUCCGACAUAAGAGAUGGGUUUGGCUUGCCCCUUAUGAGAGAGCGGUGAUGUGGAGCAGCAAGCAACCGACAUCCGGAUCAGCUUUGAUGGGCAAGACCGGCCGGAAGCGUAAGUUGGCUCAAUUUUUUGCAGGAAAUCUUUGGGCAAAACUAAUGCCUGUAUAGUGACGAUUCAAUCGGUUCUAGAUGUCAAGGAUGACAACCCACCACCCAAGGGAACUCCAGCAAUCUUCGAUCGGUCUAUCCUAAUCUUAACUCCUGCUCGUGCUCUGAAAUUCACAGCAACUUCAGCUGAGCGACACUAUAUUUGGUUGACAGCCCUCUCCUUUCUCGCUCACUCGACGCAAGCAGUCCCGGAAAUAGUUGCCCCUGUGAAUCCUUCACGACAACCUGCCCUUCCUGAUUUUGAACCACCGCGUGUAAACAACCAUCGUAUUCGAAGGAAUCCUAUUCGAGACUCGAUCCGGGUCGCCAAAGGCAAAGGCAAAACCUCCAGCGUACGAUCUGGACCUACUAGUGUGCACUCUGCACAGAGUGCUGAACAAAGUAUUCGCGAAGAAGCAUCAUUCUACACUUCUCGUAGCGAUGGUGGGCUACCACCAGCAGACCCACCCAUCGUCCCUCGCUUCCCAGAACGCGGAGACCGCAGCUUUGGCGGACCUCCUCUUACCCACACGCGAAAGCGCAGUAAUACUGGAUCCCGAUUUGGUCCUCCAUCUUCCUACCGUGGUUUCUCGGCCCCUCAAUCCGGUUACGCUCCACCUCCAAGUACGGCUGGAAUGAGUGUAGGCACCUCAGGUUCUUCAGACAUCUACAACUCGAAGGCUCCAAGUUCCGUGUCUGGAUAUACCGCCGUCAGUGGACUUUCCUCUGUUCGCUCCUCGGAAGCGUCGAAUCGACCUGGUGCAGUCGUCAACAACUUCUUCGACGCGGUGGGCACCGUGCGGAUGGAAGCCUUCAUCAGUCCUAUGGCUCACACCCAAUUCGACGAUGACCCCGACGAAAAGGAUGAGAUGGACAUGGUGCUGCAGCAUCGAAAGCACAGCCGAGAGCGACGUCGACGCUCUCGCAACCGCGAUAGUUUCUACUCUGCACGAGGGAGGACGAGCGAUGAUCUGUAUGGGGGAAGCAGAACGGCAGGCGAAGAGGAUUACGGGCAUUUUGAUACUAAUAACUUUUCACUGGACCCGUUCCGGGGCUUCUGAUCGGGGGCUAUGUGUAGGAUCUUUGUAAUAUUUUGAGGAUUUCGAUUUUUGGGAUCUUGAGUUGGAAAGGGUGAUGAGAUGUAUGGUGUUUUGGCGUUCUAUGACAGUGGGGCUCACGCCUGAAGAAACUUUUCCUGCUGUUCGUCUUGGGGUUUGUCUUGUUUGGAUUUCGUUUGGAUUCCGUCGUUGGAAAUGGGAUGUGGGAGCGGAUGGAUAUCCAGGAUAGGAUGGAUUGGAGCAGCUCUCGUGUUUGGAGAUAUGAAGGCUCGAUUUUUUUUUCUCUUGAGGACACUUGCUUCGCUUAGCUCCGUUCAGCUCAGAUUCGUUGUAAACUUUUUUUUGUAUAUACAUGCACAUAGAAAUAUAGUCGCUCCCUUUUUUUUUUUUGAAAAACU